UCGAAAUCGGCCAUUAACAAUGGAGGAUGAAAUUGAAAUGUUGAACCGGACGAACGAGUCAACAGCUUCGGUAUUUCCCGAACCGGAUUCUUUAAAUUUAAUCGUACCGAUAACGGUAAUAUACGCGAUUAUUUUCGUGGCAGGUAUCCUCGGGAACUUGAGCACAUGUUUUGUCAUCGCACGGAAUCGAUCGAUGCACACUGCUACAAACUUCUAUUUGUUUAGUUUAGCGGUAUCCGACUUGAUCCUACUAGUUUGUGGAUUGCCAAUAGAAUCGUAUCGACUUUGGAAUCCUUUCAUCUAUCCACUCGGCGAGGUGUUCUGUAUAACGUUAGGCCUCGCUUCGGAAACAUCAGCGAAUGCGACAGUAUUAACGAUAACAGCUUUUACAGUGGAGAGGUACAUUGCUAUUUGCCGACCUUUCAUGUCGCAUACGAUGUCCAAGUUAUCGAGAGCCGUUCGAUUUAUCAUAGCGAUAUGGAUCUGCGCAUUAUGUACCGCUGUACCUCAAGCUAUGCAGUUUGGUAUCGUCACAUAUGUGGAAAAUGAUCAGAAUAUGAGCGCUUGUACUGUGAAAGGACAAGGUGUUCAUGAAGUGUUCGUUAUAUCGAGUUUCGUGUUCUUCGUGGCACCCAUGUCGGUCAUAACAGUUCUGUACGUGUUUAUUGGAGUCAAGCUGCGUACAUCGCGUGUUUUACAUCCGACUAAGAAGCUAAGCGCUACAGGUAGUGAUAAGUUCUGUGCCAACAUUAGAUACCGCCACGGCGCAUCGCAAAGAAGAGUUAUAAGGAUGUUAGUUGCCGUGGCGUUAUCUUUCUUCAUAUGUUGGGCUCCGUUCCACGUACAACGAUUGCUUGCGAUUUACGGAAAAAGCAUGGAUCAUCCGAGUGAUACAUUUUUCUUGGUGUACCUUGUGCUUACUUAUCUGUCGGGAGUGCUGUAUUUUUUGUCAACUGCGAUUAACCCCAUUCUCUACAACAUUAUGUCGAACAAAUUCAGGAACGCGUUUAAGAUGACGUUGGCGUCUUGGUGUGGGCGCAGGAACAGGCCAAUGGGUCGUAUGUACAGCGCCCUGCUCGCCUCUCAGAGGCAACGCGCGAUGGCCGGCGCAGCGGAGCGUGCCUCCGGUAGAAGACACCUGCGACGGCACUCCACCGCUAUCACGCAGAUCUGCGACGCACCACAGAGAGUGCAGUGUUACACGGGCCGGGAGCUAGCUGUAGUAAACGAGAUCCCGAGCGGUAACGGACAAUGCAGGCACUGGCGACUCCGCCUCGGUCUCGACGAGCCUUCCGAUUCAAUCGGAUCGCCGCGUAGCAUAUCCAAUUCUAGCUUACGCGAAGUUGACGACGAAUUAACCGGGGAGGAACUGGCGACCUACAUGUACCAAGUGAAUUGUCACAUAGGAGGACUCACCUGAGUAACGACUGUCUAAAUAAUGGCACGAGACUCACUCGAUCGGAAGCAGUUCGAACGAGUUCGUGAUAGAAGAACAAUUAGUAGUGGCUCGAUUGGU